AUGUUCGUUUUAAAGACACUCAUCUUCUGCGCAGCCUAUAUGGCAGUCAACUGCCAGCACCAGGCGCCAAACACAACCCCGGUGCCCAUCCUUAAGCAGAUCAACCGACAAAACGACGAUGGUUCAUACAGCUUCGGUUAUGAGGCAGCCGACGAUGAGACUGGUAAAACCAGGGAGAUUUCGUAUGGAGCUAGCAGUAAGAGAGGAUUUGAACCCCAAGGUCUCGGAAUCCAAGUACCCCCUCCAACAUUGAAUAACCCAACUAAAAAUGCUCUCCCCGAAGGCGAAGAAGACGACGGCCAGUACCGAGAAGACCCUAGCAUUUACGAAGACCCCAAAUAUCACAGGCGUAAUCAACAGCAUCCAGCUGCAGUUCAGCAAUACCACAAGUCAGCCCAGCCUGUUCCGGAACCUGCUCCUCAAUACAAACAACAACCGGCCCCCAGCCAGUACAGGUCGGCUCCUUUGUACACGCAAAAAUCCAACUUCUUAGACCAAUCUGCUCAACAAUUCGACUCACAAAACCAAGAAAUACGUCCUCAAAGUCAGGUUUACCACCAGCAGCCCGAGUUUUCCUACCAAGGAUACACUGCUCAGCCCUACCAGAACCAGAAUUACCAAUCUCAGCAAGCUUACCAACCCCAACCAGCUUACCAGCCCCAACAAGCUUAUCAGCCCCAACCAGCUUACCAGUCCCAACAAGCCUAUCAGCCACAACCAGCUUACCAGCCCCAACCAGCUUACCAGUCUCAACCAGCUUACCAGUCCCAACCAGCUUACCAGCCGCAGCCAAGUUAUCAGCAACAAAACCAGGCAUACAACCCCUUCUUCGGCCACCCUGCCCAGAACUUCGACCCUAGCACUGGAUCUUACACCAUCAAUUUUACUGGUUAA